AAUUUUUUUUCUAUAUAUUCUCCGGUCUUUCGUUACUUACGUGCAUAACAUAAUCUGAAGUCGAAUAAUAUUUAUUCAAUAUUUUAAUUUUUUGAACAAGAAUUCCGCAAUAAUGGACGGAAUUAUUGGACGCAGUCAGUUCUUAGGUGACGCCGCCAACUUAUUUAUGAAUGAGGAAACGGUUAACGCGCGUUCCAAAAUUGUAAGCUGGUUAAAUGAAUUAGGCACUCAAACGGAUAGUAAAAUUAAGUGUGAACUUCUUGCAAAAAUACAAGAAAUAAUAUUGGGUGCUGGAGUUGAAUUGCUGGAUGAAUUCCUGGACCACAUUCUAUCCUUAUCACAAGACUCAAAUGUAGAUGUUCGAAAACAAGUUAUAAAUUUUAUUGAAAAAGCAUGCAAAGUAAAAAUCAAUUUAUUGCCACAAUUUAUAAAUGUUAUACCAUUACUACUGCGCGACCGGUCGCCUCAUGUCAUUAAGCGUAUGAUACAAGUUAGUGGUAUGAUAUAUAAAAAUGGUUUGCAGUGGAUAUGCCAUAAUACAGAGUAUAGCGACAGUAUCGAGCAAGCUUGGAAUAUGUUAAGUUUAGUGAAAGCUCAAGUACUUGAUUUUAUUGAUAACGACAACGAAGGUGUACGCACUAAUGCUAUCAAAUUUCUUGAAAACGUCAUUGUUGCUCAAAGCUAUAAAGAUGAAGAUACUCAAAAGAGAGAAGGUGAUUUUUCGUUAGAAGAUAUCCCAGAAAAUUUAAAAAUAAUCAAACACCAAAAACUGGAGGAUGAGGCAUUGAACAUAUUUAGUAUAAUAUUGCAAUAUCAUGCUGCUACACAUAUUUCAGCUGUUAACUUAAAUACUUGUACUGGAAGUUUAUGCACUAUAGCCAAAUUGAGACCUUGCUUUAUGGGUCCGGUUAUAAAAGCUUUCAAAAACUUGAGCGCUAACUUCCCACCAACGUUGUCAGAUUCCCAAAUAAAUUCUGUACGCAAAAGUCUUAAAAUGCAAGCUCUAAUGUUACUUAAGAACCGUGGCUCCUAUGAAUAUCAGGUCAUACUGCGUCAAUUGCUACUGGAUUUAGGGGCAUCGCAAAAUGAAAUACAACGAUCAAUACCAAAAAUGGACAAACAAGAACAACAGCGACGUCAAAAACGUAUAUUAGAAAAUGCAACGUCCAGUUUAAGCAAACGAAUGCGUAGAAUUGAAGAGCAUGAAAAUAUGGAUAUUAAUAAAAAUGCAAGUAAUCAAGUAGAAAUGGAAGUCGAUGAAGAGGAAGUGGAAAAACAACGUACAAAGUGUAUACGUGUUAAUGAAAAAUUUUUAGCAGAACAGUUACGUUCUGUAGAUACCGUUGUAAAUUUAAUAAUUCGAUUCUUACCAAAUAUUCCCGGUGAAGUUCCAGAACAUUUUCUAAAUGAAUAUGAGCCCAUACGAGAUAUGUCAACACAGUUACAAGUUGCUAACAUAUCGAAAGCAAUGGCCUUGCAAAUGACAGCUCAUAAAGUUGGUCCAGGAGCCGCAGCUUUUACAAAGGAGCUGCCAAUGAGACCUGUGGAGUUACAGACACAAAUGGAAUCCUUAGCAGUUAAUGACAACAUAAAUGAAUCCUUGGAUCAACCUAUGUCAUCUGUAGAUGAAGAUCAGUUGCGUAAAGAGGAAGCUACUAAAAAAUUGCGCGAAAAUAUGGAACGGCUUAAAGGCGAGCAAGAACUGAUAGAGCGCAUGAAACAACGUGCAAAAACUUUAAAACUGCAAGAAAUCACCAAGCCAUUUUCACGUUCCGUUAAAGAGAAAUUUUUACUUGAUGCUGUUAAGCGAAUACUUUAUGCUGAACGCCAGUGUAUAUCAGGUGGUGUAUCUGCUAAGCGACGCAAAAUCGUUACUGUUAUUGCGGCCACUUUUCCGGAUAAUGUGCGCUAUUUUAUAUUUGAAUUCAUUAUGAUGGAUAUUAAACAACGUAUUGAUUUAGCAUUCUCAUGGUUAUAUGAGGAGUACUGCCUGUUACAGGGUUUCACGCGUCAUUGUUAUGUGAAAUCUGAAAAUCGUCCAGAUUAUGCUUACAACGAAUUGUUAAGUCAAAUUGUUGAACGAAUUAUUACAAACUGUGAUUUUAAAGACAAAAUACUUUUGCUACGUCGGUUCUUCUUAGAAGCUCCUAUGCUACCAGAUGAUGCACUUAAUAAACUGAUACAAAUGUCUUUUACUGAAGAAUAUACGAAUUAUUCCAUGGAAUUGCUGAAGGAUUUAGCUAUAUGGCGACCGCCCCGUAAAAAUAAACUGAUAAAUGUUUUAUUAGGAUUUUGUGUACAUGAGCGAGUAGAUGUACGUGAACGGGCAAUGGAUCAAAUAAUUGUCCUAUAUCAGCAACAUAAAGUAUUGCCAAAUCGUAUUGAAGAUUUUGCAUUGCAAUGGAUAUCUCAUCUAGAAAAAGAGACUCCUCCUGCAAGUAUAUUUUUAACUGAAUAUGGGCGGCCAGAAGUAGAAGUAGCCUGGAAGGAAGAAACAGCUAAGAUUUGUUUGGGUGUACUACUAAAAUUGCUUCCAUGUAACACAAAACUUUUCCUGAAGAAAUUGAGUGAAGUCUUCGCUAUAACCACGCAGGAUUUAAAACGUACCAUACUGCGUAGUAUAGAUUCGGCUAUAAAAAAAUUAGGACCUGAGAAUCAGGAACUGCUUAAUCUAAUUGAGCAGUGCCCGAAAGGUGUUGAAACACUUUUGAUACGCAUGAUAUAUAUUUUGACAGAUCGCGUUUAUCCAAUCAACACAGAACUUGUAAGACAUGCAAGGGACAUGUACAGUAAUAAAGUUAAGGAUGCACGCGUACUUAUACCUGUUUUGAGUGGUCUUACGAGGCAGGAAAUUCUUAUUGCUUUACCAAAGUUUUUAAAACUGAAUCAAGUUGUAGUAAGGGAAGUAUUUAACCGUUUGUUGGGUAUUGGCGCGGAAUAUGCUAAUCAACGUGUAGCCACCACACCACCGGAAAUUUUAGUUGCACUACAUACAAUCGACUUAAGUGUUUGUGAUUUAAAGUCAGUCUUAAGAGGUACAUCAAUAUGCUUGUCCGAAAAAGAUGUUUACACUCAGGAGGUAAUGAUUGGAGUGUUACAACAGUUAGUGGAAGUAGUACCACUUCCUACAUUGUUAAUGCGCACAAUUAUACAAAGUUUAACGCUAUAUCCAACGUUAGCUAAUUUUGUUUUAAAUUUAUUACAACGUUUAAUAUUAAAACAAGUUUGGCGACAAAAGGUUAUCUGGGAAGGAUUCUUAAAAUGUAUACAACGUCUUAAACCGCAAUCAUUACCAGUAUUAUUACACUUACCGGCUAAGCAACUGGUUGAUGCCUUACAGCAAUGCCCGGAUUUGCGGGUCCCACUGUUAGAAUAUGCUGAGAGUAUACAAGAUGAGCCCAUGAGUGGUAUAACUCCACAAAUAAUGGAUAUAAUCACUGGAAAAACAGUUGAUGUUUUUGUGACGGAUGAAACUGGUGGAUAUAUAACAAUUGAUAAUAUAAAAAAAGAAAAGGAAGAACCCGAUGAACCUAUUGCAAUAAGUACAGUGUCUUCGUUUACAUUAGUACAGCCUGCGCGUGUUGGAUAUUCAGACCCUUCGCAACCGCUGCCUCCGGGAGAAGAUUAACAGAUCUUCUUUCCUUACUUUUAAUAAUAAGGAACUUCAAAAAAUUGUAGACUUCAAACCUGAAAUAUUUUUGUUAUUAUUUUAACACUUUUGUUAAACUAUCUGGUCUAACAUAUAUAUGUUAGUCUAGAUAACUAGAAUAAGUUUAAAUCUCAAGGAUUUUUGUAAAAUUAUUAAUUAAUUUUAUAUGUUAUCAAUUGUUCAAUUUAAAUGAGCACAAAAAA